CGGCCUGCGAGAGAUAGUACUGGCUGCCCUUGUCUGGCGGGGCUCCAGGCUGGGCCGAGCAUCGGGUGUCAGGAUUUGGUGUGGAGCUGCGGGCUGUCAGCGUAGAGGGCUUCCCGCUGCGGGUGCCCUCCCUGCGUUUGGAGACUGCGCUGCCUCUAGCAGCUGGUAGUGGGUAGGAGCCGCAUUCUGGCUGGCCGGGCCGGGCCGGUCCUGCUCCAUUCAUCGGGACAGUUCCGGGUCCUGGCCAGCGCCACCCGGCUGCGAUCUCAGAAAAUGUCAGUUUACUAUUCAAAUUAUACUGCUUGACAGUGAUGACCUUGGUGGCUGCAGCUUAUACCAUAUCUUUAAGAUACACAAGGACUACAGACAAAGAACUCUACUUUUCAACCACAGCUGUGUGUAUCACAGAAGUUAUAAAGUUAUUGCUAAGUGUGGGACUUUUAGCUAAAGAAACUGGUAGCCUGGGUAGAUUCAAGGCAUCUGUAAGUGAAAAUGUCUUGGGGAGCCCCAAGGAACUGAUGAAGUUAAGUGUGCCUUCGUUAGUGUACGCUGUUCAGAACAACAUGGCUUUCCUAGCUCUUAGCAAUCUGGAUGCAGCAGUGUACCAGGUGACCUACCAAUUGAAGAUUCCCUGUACUGCUUUCUGUACUGUUUUAAUGUUAAACCGGACACUCAGCAAAUUACAAUGGAUUUCAGUUUUUAUGCUGUGUGGUGGAGUCACACUUGUACAGUGGAAACCAGCCCAAGCUACAAAAGUUGUGGUGGAACAGAAUCCAUUAUUGGGUUUUGGUGCUAUAGCUAUUGCUGUUUUGUGCUCAGGAUUUGCAGGAGUAUAUUUUGAAAGAGUCUUAAAAAGUUCAGACACUUCCCUUUGGGUGAGAAACAUUCAAAUGUAUCUAUCAGGAAUUAUUGUAACAUUGGUUGGCGCCUACUUGUCAGAUGGAGCUGAAAUUAAAGAGAAAGGAUUUUUCUAUGGUUACACAUACUAUGUCUGGUUUGUCAUAUUUCUUGCAAGUGUGGGAGGCCUGUACACUUCCGUUGUGGUCAAGUACACAGACAAUAUCAUGAAAGGUUUUUCUGCGGCAGCAGCCAUUGUCCUUUCUACCAUUGCUUCAGUGAUACUGUUUGGAUUACAGAUAACACUCACCUUUGCUCUAGGUACCCUUCUUGUAUGUGUUUCCAUAUAUCUCUAUGGAUUACCCAGACAAGACACUACAUCCAUCCAACAAGGAGAAACAACUUCAAAAGAGAGAAUCAUUGGUGUCUGAUUUGAGCCUCAAAAGAUUCCUACUAUGACUAAACAGCUUGGAUUAAACUAGAGCCUUAAGUCAAUCCCAGAAGGUAGCUUAACUAGGAACAACAAAUUAACUGUAUGGCCUAAGAACCAAGAAGAAAGCGAAUUGCUAAUGCAGAGAUGACUGCAGACCUGUUGAGGGACAAGCUGUGUUGUUUUAGAAUGAAGGAAUUUAUUACUGUGUAUAUAUAAUGUAUAUUAAGUAUGGUGAUGAUAUGGUAUUAAAAAUCAUAUGAAGCUAUGAAAUCAAGUGAUAAGGUAUGGAACACUAUUUAAAGGUUAAAGUGCCAAAGCCAUUUCUGUACUAACUGUUCUGUUGUUCAGGUACCAGGGGAAGAGACCUCUCCUUGUUCUCUAGUUCAUUCACAUACAAUAUUUUGACUCAGUAGCAGUAAAGACCUGCUUCUUACAGUAAGACAGAAACAAGACAAGCUAGUUCAGAAACAAACUGAAUGUGUGACUUCUCAAAUGGAAUCUAUUUUGUAACUCAGGCAAUGAUUUCUGGCGGUGACUGAGUAUUCCUUUAGUGUUGUAUUUGUGCCAUUCAUUGUCCCAUUCAUAUUUCUUUGCUGUUAGAUAUACUUGUCUUCAAAAAAAAAUUACUAAAAUGUCACUUUUAUACUUUUUUUAAUAAAGUAUAGUUGUUGGGUUCUCUGUAAUUUGUGAAAUUAAGUGUUUUAAAAAAUAUUUCUAUAAUGUUAAUGGGGGAAAUUUGGCAAUAAACUUAAUUUAUAUGAA